CCAUCUAGCUCGCUGUGACUUGGAGAUCAAGAGUCCAAAGGCCCAAUAAAUUAAAAAGCCAAAACGCCAUCUAUUAUUGCCGUCAGGAUUCGGCGAGUUAGCAGAUAUAUUUCCACACUUAUCGGCAUCUUGGACACUGGUUACGACCCCUACUGCCCGUCAUGACGAGCAACAUUGGUAUCCCGAUCAAACUCCUCAGCGAGGCUCAAGGCCACGUUGUCACCCUUGAGAUUACUUCCGGCCAGGUGUACCGAGGAAAGCUGCUCGAAGCCGAGGACAAUAUGAACGUUCAGCUCAAGGACAUUACUGUCACCGCUCGCGACGGCCGUGUAUCGCAUCUCGACCAGGUUUAUAUUCGGGGGUCAUAUGUCAGAUUCUUCAUCGUUCCGGACAUGCUGAGAAACGCACCAAUGUUCAGAGCAAGAGGCCUCAAGGGCAAGGGUGUGGGUAUGGCCAGAGGAAGAGCCACAGUCAACCGUGCGCGUGGCCAGAAACCGGGACGGUAAAGCUUUAUAUCUCAUGUAUUAUUACUUUUCUUUUUUUUCUCUUAUGUUUCGUUCUAUGGUAUGUUAUUAAAAGCAAUGAAAUGGGUAUGGGAUUGAUAUCUGAGCCGUCUAUUCUUGCAUUUGUGUUGACACACAACAUGACUGCACAAGAAGCC